GGCGAUCGGUGGUCACCAAUCAACAGAGCCGAAAAUAGGGGACAUGUACACUGAUCAUCAGGGCUCUGAUGAUCAGUGUAGCCCCAGCAGUGCCACCUGUCAGUGUCCAUCAGUGCCAGCUGUCAGUGCUCAUCAAUGCCACCUGCCAAUGCCCAUCAGUGUCACAUCAAUGCCACAUAUCAGUGCCUACCAGUGCAUAUCAAUGCCACAUAUCAGUGCCCAUCUGAGCUGCCUUUCAGUGUCACCCAUCAGUGCCAGUCAGUGCCACCUAUCAAUGCCAGUCAGUGCCACCUAUCAG